GGAAAGAGAAAAAGUGAGAUGGACUCACGUGCGUGCGCAUGUGCAUGGCAUCACGUGAAUAUGUAUAAAUUUUAAAAUUGAGUUAAUUAUCAUAAUUAGUUUAAUUAUUUUUAAUUAAAGUAUUCUUAUUGUUUAGUGGUAGUAUAGAGAUACUUGUAAUAAUAUGUAUGAGAAUUUCUUUCAUAGUUAAAUGAGGACUUAUGGCUAGUGUUAAUUAAAUGUAAACAGUAACACAAACCUCAUAGUGGAAAAUUAUACAAAAGACGCGAAUUAAAGUAUAGAGGAACCCCAGUAAUUAACAAUAUCUCACUAACUGAGCUGUAUCACAACUCAGGUGACAUAGAUUGUGCAGUAUAAUGGCUCAUAUAGAGCUGACCAGUACGGGAAGUAGUUCUGGAGAUUCGAAAAAACGAUCGGUAGCCACUGAGAACAUACGACCAUCGAAACGUACAACCAAGACUCAAUACUUCUUUCAACCUAUUAAUACCCUUACCUCCAGCACCAGACAUUCUAAGACCAAUUCCUCGGAGAUUCUCAGUGGGAUAGAUCUUAACAAUUCAACCAAAUCAAUUUCAACUCUUGAAGUGAAGAAACUGCCGGAGACAGACCCUGAACAAAUCAAUACAGAGAAUAAUUAUGAAUUAUUGAUACGCGAUCAUCAAAGCUCAGAUGAUAGUUUUGAUGGUAUAAAAUGGAAGCCUAGUCCUACUAAGUUCCAAAGUACGACUACAAAUGGAAAUACAAAAGCAAAUGCAAAUGCAAAUGCCAAUGAUCCUAUACCGUCAUCGCCACUUAAGCAAGUGGUAUCAUCCACAUCUCUUGAAAUUAAAGAUAGUGAUUCUCCCAUAAAUGAACAAACUAAUUCAGUACUAUCCAAAUAUGGUACAGGACUUCAGAAUGUUAUAUCACAAACUCCUACUCUUAAUCGUGCUAGAUCAGAUAUUAGUGGUGUCAAGCCUGGAAUUCCAGAAGUUAAGAUAAGACCAGCAUUAUUACGAGCCAAAUCCAAUGGAGUUGAGAUUCUUCUGAAUACUUUCUUCAAACGAGAUUCAUCAACUGCAUCUGGCACUACCUUAAAUGGGUGGAUAGACAAAUUUGAAGAUUCUAAUCCCAAAAGUAUGACUUUUAGUAGUAGAGAAACUACACCCAUAGUGGCUAGUGAUUGUGAAUCUGAAGAUCCAUUCUCGGAUGAUGAUUCAGAAAUCAUAGCUGCAUUAGCUCGAACUGAGCCAGUCACACAGACUAUGGCUGAGCCAGUUCUCCAGGCUAUGCCUGCUAUAAUAGAGCAAGAGCAAAAUGAGUCAGAUGAUCCGUUUACAGAUGAUGACUCUGAAUUAAUGCAGAUCUUGGAUAAACGUGACUCUGCAAAAUAUACCAAAUCAUUUCAAGCAGGUAUAAAACGAUUUGAAGAUCUUCAAUUAGAAAAAGGGUCAUUCAAUAAAAAAGAAAUCGAUGAUCUUCAAGUAUCAUUUUCUAAGGAGAACUUAGCUAGAUAUAAAAUCAAUAAAGAACCAGUGGUAUUAACUAAAAGUCCAUUAAGGAAAACUUUACUGGUAAUAGAUAAUAAAAAUAAUGUAUUAGAUAUAACUGUGGGAGGAGAUUUUGCUGAAUUAGAUUAUAAAGUUGGAGAUAUAAUUCAUAUCUAUCUAACUCAUAAGGAAUCCCCAUGUUUAGUAGAUAAUAAACAUAAUUUAUUAAUAUGGCAUCCUGAUAUACUUCUUUCAGCUACCACUAUAUCAAGUCAAAUCUCAUGUUCUCGACGAUCAGUAUUACAAUCCCGAUUUAAAUUUAGCAGUGGAACUACUAUACCAAUUAUAGUAGGACAAAUAAUUCAUCUGAUGUUUCAAGAUUGUAUGACACUGGAGACAUGGGAUAUGAAAUAUUUAAGACAAUUAAAGGAUCAGUAUAUUAAAUUAUAUUUAUUACAAAUAUAUAGCGUAGGACCUCGAGUUGAGGAUGUUGGAAAGGAAAUUGAAUUACAUAUACCAUAUUUGGAGUCAUGGUUUAACAAGUAUUAUAAGAAGAAGAUUCUUAAUAUUGAUAGUAAGAUUGAAAGUAUGCCUCGAGAUGAUUCAAUUCGAUUUUCAGCUGCUGAAGCUCUUGAUAUUGAAGAGAGUAUAUGGUCACCAGUAUUUGGAAUUAAAGGGAUGGCUGAUGUAACAUUACAAGCUAAAAUUAAAACCAAUGAUAAUGAAGGUACAUUUCUUUUACCUAUGGAAAUUAAAACUGGUAGAGAACAUAUAACUCAUCAAGCUCAAGCUUCAUUAUAUUCUUUAUUAUUUAAAGAUAGAUAUGAUAUGGAUGUUGUAUCAUUUCUAUUGGUCUAUACCAAGGAAAGAAUCACUCGGAAAUGUGAUAUAAAUAAUCGAGAUUUAAAAUCUUUAAUUCAUUUAAGAAAUUGCGUAAGUCCGUAUUUUAAAGAAGGAAUUAAUGAACUACCUCCAUUAGUUAAGAAUUCUGAAUGUGAUUGGUGUGAUAUUAAACCAGAAUGUAUGAUAACUCAUCAUCUUUUGGAGGAUGGAACUCCUGAAACUUGUGGAAUUAAACCUUCUGAAUAUAUUGGUUAUACUGACCAUCUUGUUGGUCAACCUCAAUAUAAUGAAUUCUAUUCUUAUUGGUUAAGAAUCCUUGCUAAAGAAGAAGCUAUGCAAAAGAAUAAUACUAAACAUAUAUGGAUGAUGACAUCUAAACAACGAGAAGAUAUUGAAGGACUUUCAAUUGGCAAUUUACAUAUAACUGAUUCGGAUGAUAUUGGAGAUAAUUUAGGAGCUUUACGAUUUAAAUAUACUUUUGAAAGAGAUCGUUCAUAUCCCAAUAUUCUAGAUUCACAAUUUGUUAAACCUGAUCGAGUUAUAAUUAGUGAUGAAGAUGGGAAUUUUGCUCUUUGUUCAGCUCUGAUUAUGUCUAUUACUCCUACUAAGAUUGUAGUAUCUACUACUAGAAGAUUAAUAACUUCAGAUGUAAAACUUCAAAGUUUUAAUCCUAUAAAUAAUCAAGUUAUUCAUGGAGUAUUACAUGAAUCUCAUCAAGUGGAUAAGAAUUCUAAGAAAAAGUUUCGAAUUGAUAAGGAUGAAUUGUUUUAUGGAAUGGGACUUGCAAAGUAUAACAUUCUUAAUCUUCUUACAAAUGAUGGAGAUGAACGAAUGAGACGGGCCAUCAUUGAUCAUCAAGAACCAACGUUUCUGACUAAUCCACUUGGUUAUGAUUUGCAGUCAGAUAAAUUUAAUCCUGAUCAAGUUAAUGCCUUCAAUAAGGUAUUAUCUGCUAAUCAUUUUGCUCUUAUAUUGGGUAUGCCAGGAACUGGGAAGACUACAGUUAUAGCACAAUUAAUAAAGAUAUUGGUAGAUAAUGGUAAGUCAGUAUUUUUAUCAGCAUAUACCAAUUCUGCUGUAGAUAAUAUCUUAAUUAAACUUCUUGAAUAUGAUAUAGAUUUUAUUAGAGUAGGAUAUCUGGCACGAGUUCAUCCAUUAGUAAGAGAGAAGAUGCCUAAUUAUAAAGAAAAGGAGAUAACCAGUUAUGAAGAUUAUAAGAAGACAUAUGUUGAACCUCCUGUAGUGGCAGCUACAUGUUUAGGGAUUAAUGAUGUGACAUUUAGUCUUCGACCAAAGUUUGAUUAUUGUAUAAUUGAUGAAGCUUCUCAAGCUUCUAUGCCUAUGAGUUUAGGACCAUUACGAUUCUGUGAUAAGUUUGUAUUAGUAGGAGAUCAUUAUCAAUUACCUCCAUUAGUGCUUAGUCCUGAUCCUGAAGUUAAGAAAGGAUUAUCUCAAUCAUUGUUUAAAGUAUUGGCAGAAAAAUAUCCAUCAUCGAUGGUAGAACUUACUUAUCAAUAUCGAAUGUGUGAAGAAAUCAUGCAAUUAUGUAAUAUUUUAGUAUAUAACAAUCGAUUGAAAUGUGGUUCUGUUGAUACGGCUAAACAAUUCUUAAAGAUUCCUCAUCCUGAAGUUAUUGGAUCCUUUUAUAAAGGUGAUCCAGCUACUUUAAAGGAUACUUGGAUGGCUCAUAUUUUGCAGCCAAAUCAUAAGGUAUUAUUUUUAGAUCAUGAUAAAAUCCCGGCUACUGAACAUAUGUUUGGAGAUUAUGUUGAGAAUAAAGCCGAAGCAGAAAUAGUUAGACAAACUGUAGAAGGAUUACUUGCAUGUGGAAUUGAAGAGAAUCAAAUUGGAGUUAUGACAUUUAAUCGAGGACAAUUAAGAUUACUUAAUCGAGUAUUACAUGGACAUGAAGAAUUAGAAAUUCUUACGGCUGAUAGAUUUCAAGGUAGAGAUAAAGAUUGUAUAAUAAUUUCAUUUGUUAGAUCGAAUGAUGAAAAUAAAGCAGGAGAUUUAGUUCGAGAUUGGAGAAGAGUUAAUGUAGCUAUAACUCGAGCUCGAUCAAAACUUAUAUUAUUAGGUUCAAAAUCAACUCUUUCAAGUGCUGAUACUAUUAAGACAUUUAUGCAAUUAGUAUCUAGUAAGAAUUGGGUAUAUGAAAUGCCUCCUAAUUCUGAUCAAAUAUUUCAAAUCCCAUCUACUGGUCAAUCAGAUACUCAAAGGAGAAUGCUUUAUCCAUCUCGAGUAAUUUCUCAAGCUCCAGUUACUAGAGAUGUAUUAGCCGAUAUGACUAACUAGCUACUUAAACACUUUAAAUAAUUAAAUAAUUAAUUAACGA